UUUAAUUUUGAUCGGGUUCGUAAUCUAUUUAAUCCUAACCAUAAACUAAAAAGAUGGCGCAGAACGUUGAGGACGCGCAAGCACGUGUGCGAGAUGCCUUUAACAAGAUGAUGGAAGGGUUAGACAAAGACAUCAUUCGCCAGAGACAGGAAGAUAUGCACACUUGUGCUGCCAAGUGUUACAGUGAUAGAAAAAGUCCAAUAGAAAGUGUAGAGAGAUGUGCAAAUAUCUGCAAUGCAAAGCUACAGGAUGCAUCAGUUUUUGUUCAGAGAGAAGUUGAAGGUUUCCAGAAUCGUAUCUCCCGAUGUGCAAUGGACUGUCAGGAUGCAGCGCGGGACAAGAUAACUGAGAACACCAAGGAAAGCGACAUAGCAAGGUUUAAAGAAGACAUGGAGAAAUGCGUAGUCAAUUGUGUGGACACUCAUAUAGCACAGCUUCCCUCACUAGAAAAGAGGUUACGGCUCGGACUAACGAAGGGGAAAUACGACUGAAUCAAUGCUGCUUCUUACUAGGAUCUUAAUUAGACCAUUUUCUCUUUUUUUUUUCCAUUUUUUUAAUAAUCAGUUUUAACAUUGAAGACAUUUUUGUUAAAAGGUGUGUAUGUAUUAAUGAGACUUUAAGUUGUAUGAGUUUAUUGAUAAUAAGAAUGUAUUAUUAACGUAAUCUAGUUCCAUGUGGAACUAAGUUUGUUUGUGAGUGCAGAGCAUUAAAACCUAUUUACAUGGUACAAAAAACUACAACUCAUGAACAAAAGCUUAAAGUUGUAUGCAUUAUAUACAGGUAGAAGUUUUAUGUUAGAAUAUAAUUAUACAUGUGCUAUUGUAAAUGUAGUUGAUGUACAUGAAAUCAGGAAUUAAAUAAAAGGGUAUUUAUGUAUGUCAAUGAUUUUGUCACACAUGGAAAACCCCUUAUAUUUCAACA